UUGGGCUUCGAUCAUCCUCCUGUUGACAUUUCUUACCAAACCUCACUUGUAAGCACAACAUGUUGGCGCUAGAGUGUUGGAGGUAACGUAGCAAAACAGAAUACUGUAAUUUCUGAAAGCUAGAAUCUUUUCYGGGGCCACAGAAAGGAUGUCUCAGAUGCUGAGACUUCUCUCGGCGGCUGUUUUGCCUCUCUGCCGGGCCGGAGGAGCCCGAGGACGCACACUGGGUUCAGGAAGCCUCGCGGUUCGGGACUGUAGUUUUUUCAGUCAAAGUCAAGCUAAUUUCUUGUCUCGUCAAAGAGCCUGGUUAGCUAAGCGACGUGUCUAUUCCACCGAGCCAAAAGAUGGAAAAGGAGGAGCACCAGCAGGAGGCGGAGGAGGACGACCAGGAGGAGGCAAGAGAGGAGGUGGAAGGAAAGACUGGUGGAGUCGGAUGCAGAAGGGUGACUUCCCCUGGGAUGAGAAGGAUUUCCGCUACAUGAUGCUUACUGCUGCUGGAGUCAGCUCAGCGYUGUUCUACUUCUACUUCCGAGACACGGGCCGAGAGAUCAGCUGGAAGGACUUUGUGCACCGCUACCUGGGCAGAGGCCUGGUGGAGCGGUUGGAGGUGGUUAACAAACAGUUCGUCAGAGUCAUCCUGGUACCAGGAGCGGAUGCUGAGGGGAGUUACGUGUGGUUCAACAUCGGCAGCGUUGAUACAUUUGAAAGGAAUCUUGAGGCUGCACACAUGGAACUGGGCCUGGAGCCAUCACACCGGGCCGCUGUCAUCUACAGCUCUGAGAGUGACGGCUCCUUCUUGAUGAGCAUGAUUCCUACUCUGUUGCUGAUUGGCUUUCUGCUGUUCACACUGCGGCGUGGACCAAUAGGAGGAGGCRUUGGUGGAGGAAGGAGCCCCUUCAGCAUGAGUGAGUCGACAGCCAAGAUGAUGAAGGACAACAUAGAUGUCAAGUUCAAGGAUGUGGCUGGCUGUGAGGAAGCAAAGCUGGAGAUCCUGGAGUUUGUGAACUUUCUGAAAAACCCACAGCAGUACCAGGACCUGGGAGCCAAGAUCCCCAAGGGUGCCGUUCUGUCUGGACCUCCUGGCACAGGAAAGACUCUGCUGGCCAAAGCCACAGCAGGAGAGGCCAAUGUCCCCUUCAUCACGGUCAAUGGCUCCGAGUUCCUGGAGAUGUUUGUCGGGGUCGGUCCAGCCAGGGUGAGGGACAUGUUUGCCAUGGCGAGGAAAAAUGCGCCAUGCAUCCUCUUCAUUGAUGAGAUUGAUGCUGUGGGGAGGAAGAGAGGAGGAGGAAACUUUGGGGGUCAGAGUGAACAGGAGAACACAUUAAACCAGCUGCUGGUGGAGAUGGACGGUUUUAACACAGCCACUAAUGUAGUGGUCCUCGCUGGAACCAAUAGGCCGGAUAUCCUGGACCCCGCUCUGAUGAGACCAGGACGCUUUGAUAGACAGAUUUACAUUGGUCCUCCAGACAUCAAAGGCAGGGCUUCCAUCUUCAAAGUUCACCUGCGACCAAUCAAACUGGAUCCCAGUCUGGAUAAGGACGCACUAGCAAGGAAAAUGGCAGCUGCCACACCAGGAUUCACUGGUGCUGACAUUGCUAAUGUGUGUAAUGAAGCAGCUUUGAUAGCUGCCAGGCACCUGAGCCCCGCCGUCAACCCAAAGCACUUUGAGCAGGCGAUCGACCGUGUCAUCGGAGGCCUGGAGAAGAAGACUCAGGUCCUGCAGCCGAUGGAGAAGAAGACGGUGGCAUACCAUGAAGCCGGCCACGCCAUCGUGGGCUGGUUUCUACAGCACGCCGACCCGCUGCUCAAAGUGUCCAUCAUUCCACGCGGGAAGGGUUUGGGUUACGCUCAGUACCUGCCCAGAGAGCAGUACCUCUACACCAGAGAGCAGCUGUUUGACAGGAUGUGCAUGAUGCUGGGAGGGCGUGUGGCCGAGCAGGUCUUCUUUGGCCGGAUAACCACCGGAGCUCAGGAUGAUUUGAAGAAGGUCACACAGUCGGCCUAUGCGCAGGUGGUGCAGUUUGGGAUGAGUGACAAGGUGGGGCAGGUGUCAUUUGACCUGCCCCGGCAGGGUGAGAUGGUCCUGGAGAAGCCUUACAGCGAGGCGACAGCUGAGCUCAUUGAUGAGGAGGUCAGAGGACUGGUGGAUCGAGCGUAUGAGCGCACCCUGCAGCUGAUCACCAACAAGAGGGACCAAGUGGACAAGGUGGGGAAGCGCUUGCUUGAGAAGGAGGUUCUAGACAAAGCAGACAUGGUAGAGCUGCUGGGUCCUCGGCCAUUCCAGGAGAAGUCAACCUACGAGGAGUUUGUGGAGGGGACGGGGAGCUUUGAGGAAGACACGAGCCUUCCAGAUGGCCUCAGGGACUGGAACCAGCAGAGAGGAGGGGAGGCGGAGGAGACAGACCCAACCCAGGACAGACAGCAGGCAGUGUAGGAUAUGAGGAACCUGGAGAAAACUCAACCAGCUGGACAGAAAUACAUGAAGCCGCUGACUCUGUUUCUCUCUGCCUGACUGUGUGGUCCCCCACUGGCAACUGUUCAGAUUGGAUCAUAUAUAUAUAUAUAUAUAUAUUAGCCUAGGCUAAUCAGAGAGCUGUGGAGCUAACUGUCAACUAACUGUAAACUAUUUCUCUUCAGAGAGGAAUAUUCUCUACAGCGCCUUAAGAUUYCYCGUCUCUAGAUUCUGCCACAUUUAACUACGCCGGGACAGAACAGAGAGAACAUGAUGAUUUCUUUAUUUAUUCUUUUACAAAAUGUCUGUCCUCCUCAUAACGAGGAAGAAAUACUCGACUUGAGGAAUGUUUAUGCGGCCAAACAAGGCUGAAAUGUUUUUAGAAAUAAAUCAGAUGUUUUUUAAUUUACCUGGAACAACUCGUCUGACCGUUCUGCUUCACAACACAGCAAUUUUCAUUUGCAUUUUACCUCAGCUUGGACUUACCAUAAGGAUAUUUUAAUUAUAUAAACUCUGCGAUAAUGACUGAGAAGGUUUUUUUUUUUGUAGACCACUGUUGCAAAAUAAAAAGAAUAAAGUUUGGUUUUCUGAAAUUAAGCAUGUUUUACUAAGUCAUAAAAGACAGUCACAUGUGCCUGUAGACUUUACUUUCAGGUAGAACAGUCACACCACAUUCUGCUUAGCAGAAGAAACCUGCUUUAUUCUGUGUUGUCUGUAGUUUCAGUGGUUUUCAAGGUGUGACGCAAUUUUGUUAACCUUGUUUUGGUUAAUAAGGUUAACCAGAACUUAACUUUGUUUUAGUUAAGUUUAGUCAUUCUAUCUUGGCUAUCUCUAAUGUCAUCUGCAACUUGUAAAUGUGAUUGUGUUGAGGACGCAUCGAUGUGGUUGGAAAUGGAAAAGUUUUCUGACUCUGA